UGAACAGACCGGUAAGUGGCAGUUGAGCGCUUGACAUCGACCGGUGCAGACCCACUCUAGUGUUAUCUUCAUUGUUUAAGUAAUAAAAAUUCAUGUAGAAGGACUGUGCAUUUUUAUAGAACAGGUUUUGAACGUUUCUUCGGGUUUUCGUUUGUGAAAGUCACCUGAGGAUGUUGCAUGUGUAUUAGGAUUUAUCAUCGGACCGUUCUCAUUGGUUUUUUUAGAGUAGAACUUCUAUUUCGAAGUUAUUACUCAAUUCUGUGGAUGAAACGUUGACGCAAGCUACGUCUAAUGAUUAUGGAUUAAAGAACAGACAUUUGCCAUGUGUCAUGCCUAGGACUUGAGAGAGUUUUUUGGCGGUGCAAAAAACUGCUGACAAUCGUGACAGUUGAGAGGGGAGUAAACUCCUAAGAUGCUGCUCCUCAAAAGUUUCUUCCGUAGGAUCACCAAGGAUUUCCGGAUCAAGGAGCUAUGGUCCCUCAAACUUAUUUUCUUCGUUCAAGCAUCGACGCUAUUCGUCCUCUACCCGUAUUUGACCAUUCACAUGAGGGAAUUGGGAAUAAAUGUCGAAGAGACGGCGAUAAUGAGUGCCGUAACUCCAUUUGUAGCGAUCGUGAUGCCGCCGAUAGCAGGACUAAUAGCCGAUCGAAUAGGAAACUUCAAAAUUCUUCUUUCUCUCUUUUCAUCCCUCGGUGGUGCCAGUGCACUGCUCCUUUUGCUUGUUCCUAUCGGCAGGGCUUCGGUCAAAUACCCGGAGCAAGUAGUAAUGGAUUUGGGGUGCUCAGACGAUAAUGGAGAUCUGCUGUUUACGAUGAACCAAAUGAGGUAUUCCUGCGAGGAUCAUCGGGAAUCUGAUAUCACAAUGAAAAUCCAAAGUUGUGGGUAUCUUUGUCACGUGGAUCUGCUGGAGGAUAACGAUUUGCAGAUGAUGCUGUCGUCGAAAACUUAUAGCGUCAAACGUUUUAAUCCGUCGAGAAAUCACACAGACAUUUUUGUCUAUCAAAGGCCCAAUGCUGAUCUUGCUCACGCGUUUGAUGAUCAUGACUACACAAAAGAGCACCGACUGCUGCGAAACAAUGAGCACUUUAAAACAUGCAUCCGUCAAUUAUCUAGAAGUGAAUUUUUCUUUCCAACUCGUCAACUCCACAAGUUCACCUGUUCUGAAACAACCAGAGCAAUGGAUUUUUAUAAUUCAACGACGAGAGCCGAAGGAACUGGGGAGACGUCGUUCAAUCAAACUCGGUGCGAGUUCAAUGAAAUUUUCUCGCAAACUGCAGAACAGAAAGAGGAGUUUCUGACGUUUAAAUCCAGGAUAAAAUUACUGAAUACAUCGAGCACAGAUGAGACCGAGAAGCGAAGGAGAUAUUUAGGAGAAGCCAUGACACUAACGAGAGAUAACUUCAGUCCCGUAAAAUGUGGAAAUCCUGAUGAGAGAAGUCGUGUGUCCGUCACAGUCCCUCUCGUUAAUUGGACGUCAAAUGCAGCUCCUUACAAAUCUCUCGACAUCCAGAAAUGCAGUGAAAGGUGCAUCGUCACUGCUCCCAGGGAGAAACUGUGCUUGAACAUGAACACUGUGAUAGAGUACAAUACUUCAUUGACAUUUUGGCUGUACCUAGCAAUAAGAGUAUUCAUGGGAAUAAUCAGUGGAACAGCAUUCGCAAUGUUCGAAGGGGCUGUGAUAGCAAUAGUGCGAGAACAGAAGGCAGACUACGGCCUCCAGAGGAUAUACGGAAGCAUCGGAGGAAUGAUAUCCUCUCCCCUAUCAGGCCUAUUAAUCGAUUAUGCAAGUCAGGGUAAAGAGUACACAGACUUCAGACCUGCAUUCUAUUUAUACUCAGCCCUGAAGAUAUUAUCAGGGGGACUCAUGCUGAUGAUAAAUCUUGAAUUUAAAUCACCAUCUCCUAAUGUCGUGCGACAUGUCAUCACUGUACUUAAAAAUGUGGAAAUAAUUGCACUUCUCGUGGCUGUAUUUAUUCUGGGCAUCGCAUGGGGCUACCUGGAGUCCUUCCUCUUCUGGCUGAUUCAGGACCUAGGAGGUUCAAGGUCACUGAUGGGUAUCACCAUAACAGUCGGUGGAAUAGCUGGGAUUCCACUUCUUGUACUGUCCGGACCGAUAAUCAAUAAGAUUGGCCAUGCCAACGUACUCUUCAUCGGUUUUGUGUUUAAUUCCAUCAGACUACUGGGCUAUUCACUGAUUUACAAUCCCUGGCUCUGCCUCAUCUUCGAGGCUAUGGAAUCCGUGACGUCCUCGCUCGCCUUCACAGCCGCCAUAACAUACGCUGCUAAACUCUCCACCACAGCUACCGACACGUCUAUUCAAGGUCUGCUAGGCGGUCUUUAUUACGGAGUUGGCAAAGGAGCUGGCAGCUUGAUAGGUGGUUAUCUGAUGACAGGAUUUGGCACUCGCCCCACGUACCAAAUAUUUGCCGUUGUCUGUCUCAUCACGGGGUUAAUCUACUUCUUCUUCAAUCUACUUUACUUGAAAAAACGGCCUCAAGUGGAGGGAAACGACAUUGUCAAGAAAAAACCAAAGGACCAACCGGUGACAGAUGUCAUCGAUGCAAAUGAUAAAAAUGAGGCUAAGAGAAUUGAAGCUAUGGAGGGAAUGGAGAACAUGGCAUUCAACAAUGAAUUCUCAAUGGGGAAUUUAAAUCAGACGCCGAGUGCUAAAACACUGGAAACAGCUAAUAAUGCCAGGAAUCUCGAUAGUAUAGAGAGAAUGCCGGAAGAGAAUAAAUUGAGAGCAAGAACUGUGAAUUCAGUGGAUGGUAAUCGUAAAGUAGGAGUGACGAAUGCGGGAUUCGAGGGAGAGACGAAUGGUCAGGCUGAUGUUCCUGAUGAAAAAGAAGUACGCAAGGAGAACCAGUAAAUGAGGGGUUGUUAGUCUAUGUAAACGUGCUCAUUCGUCACUCUUCGCUCACUAGAAUCACUCCAGACAGUUAAUGGUGGCUCAGAGGACUGUACCAUGUCAUGCAUUUUGUUUUCACAGUAAAAAUGACGUCUGUCAUUUCGAGAAAAUUUUUAAGAUGGAACGGUUUUCCAUCAAUUUUAUGUCCUCAUACUCCACAGGUUGAUGAUGUCAAUGGAGUGAGUGGGUGAUUGAUACAUGCGCUGUGUGGAUUUGUCAGUUACCUUAGGGAGUAUAGAUCAUUCCAUUAUUUCUCGUAUUUUAAGACGCAGGGAGAAAUUUCCAUUCACGAAUAAAUAUUUCAUUGUAUAUAAAAAUGUGUGAACCAUUUGAAAUAAUGAAACAUUGUGAAUUGCACUAUUUUUAGGAGCUACCUGUGCAUGACUCGUAAUGUUUUUAAGUGAGACACAGGGAAUAUGAAAUUCAUGUUUACAUUCUUUAUGUUACCACUCAUCUGUGUUAUCUUAUGGAUACGACGUAGAAUUGUAAAUUUCCUAAUGUAAUGUAAAUACUGUUAAAUUUAGGACAGUUAUAGGUUUCGGUUAUAAUAAAUGAAUUGUUAUGGA